CCCUGAUAGAAGACUGACAGGUAGACAUUCUGUUUUCUUACUUGAUAUUUUUCAGACUGUCAACCAUCUGGUUAAACAACAGUGCAGAACAGUGAGUGCCUUUCCAAGCUACAAUUAAGAUGGAAGAAGUGCAAGCAACCAAUGAAAAUCCUGUUGAAGGUGUACCAGCUAAAACACCCAAACAACUAAAAAAAGAAGCUGAAAAAGCUGCCAAGCUUGAAAAAUUCAAGGCAAAAAAGGAAAAAUUGACAGAGACUAAAACAUCAGACAAACCUAAAAAGGAAGUUCCAAGCAAACCAAAAGCAGCUGAAGUUGAGAUUCCACAACUACCAGCUGGACAGAAGAAAGAUAUCACCUGCCCUUUGCCUGAAUCUUACAAUCCACGCUAUGUAGAGGCCUGCUGGUAUUCUUGGUGGGAAAAAGAAGGUUUCUUUUCACCUGAAUACAAGAGAGACAUUAAGACUCCUAACCCCAAAGGUCAGUUUGUCAUGGUUAUCCCCCCACCAAAUGUAACAGGAUCUCUUCAUUUGGGUCAUGCUCUUACCAAUUCUGUUGAGGAUACCAUAACGCGGUAUCACAGGAUGACCGGAAAGACAGCCUUGUGGGUUCCAGGUUGUGAUCAUGCUGGUAUUGCCACUCAGGUAGUGGUGGAGAAAAAACUGUGGCGAGAAGAGAAAGUGACGCGCCACGACCUGGGGCGAGACAAGUUUAUCGACAAAGUUUGGGAAUGGAAAAAUGAAAAAGGCCACCGCAUCUACGAACAGCUGAAGAAAAUGGGUUCGUCUUUAGAUUGGAAUCGAGCGUCGUUCACCAUGGACCCCAAACUGUGCAAAGCUGUUCUAGAGGCUUUUGUCAGGAUGCACCAAGACGGCACCAUUUACCGAUCCACACGAUUAGUCAACUGGUCCUGCACUCUGAAAUCGGCCAUCUCCGACAUUGAAGUAGACAAGGUUGAAUUGCCUGGACGUACUCAACUUUCCGUACCGGGCUACAAAGACAAGAUCGAAUUCGGUGUCAUUGUUUCAUUCGCCUAUAAAGUUGAGGGUUCUGACGAAGAAAUCGUCGUAGCCACCACUCGUGUUGAAACAAUGCUGGGCGAUACUGGUAUUGCUGUCCACCCACAAGAUUCACGUUACACGCAUUUGGUGGGCAAAUAUGCAGUACAUCCGUUCUGCCAGCGUAAACUGCUCAUUGUGGCUGACGACUAUGUCGAUAUGGCUUUCGGAACAGGUGCUGUCAAAAUCACACCCGCACAUGAUCCUAACGAUUACGAUUUGGGUAAACGGCACAAUCUUGCAAUGCUUACCAUCUUCAGUGAUGAUGGGAUCAUCGUUGGCGAUUGUGGACAGUUUACCGGAAUGAAACGUUUCGAAGCCCGUAAAGCAAUCCUUCAAGCAUUGGAGGAAGCUGGUUUGUACCGCGGUACAGCUGAUAACCCCAUGGUGGUACCCGUCUGCUCUCGUUCCAAGGACAUCGUAGAACCGAUGAUCAAGCCUCAGUGGUAUGUCAAAUGCGACCAAAUGGCAGCCGAUGCAGCUGAAGCUGUCCGAUCCGGCCAGCUCAAGAUCGUACCGGAAAUGCAUCAGAAAACGUGGUUUAACUGGAUGGACAACAUUCGAGAUUGGUGCAUUUCUCGACAGCUAUGGUGGGGCCAUCGCAUCCCUGCCUAUUUCGUCACCAUUGAAGACACAUCGGCCAAAGUGGGCGAUGAAGCUGACAAUGAAUUUUGGGUAUCUGGGCGCACUGAAGCUGAAGCCAGAACUAACGCUGCCAAACGUUUCAAUGUCCCUGAGGAGAAAAUUAUACUCAAACAGGAUGAAGAUGUCCUCGAUACUUGGUUUUCUUCGGCACUCUUCCCGUUCUCCGUAUUUGGUUGGCCCGACAAGACGGAUGAACUGGACAUAUUUUUCCCAACUACUCUUUUGGAAACAGGCCAUGAUAUUCUCUUCUUUUGGGUGGCUCGAAUGGUAUUUUUCGGCCAAAAACUAAUGGGCAAGCUUCCUUUUAGUGAAGUAUAUCUUCAUGCCAUGGUCCGUGAUGCCCAUGGCCGUAAAAUGUCCAAAUCCUUGGGCAACGUCAUCGACCCUCUCGAUGUGAUUUUUGGAAUCAGUCUUGAAGGACUGAUGGCCCAGUUGGACGGCAGUAACCUCGAUCCGGCUGAGGUUGGACGGGCCAAAGAGGGUCAGAAGCAAGAUUACCCACAAGGAAUACCCGAAUGCGGAACAGAUGCAUUGCGCUUCGCUUUGUGUCAAUACACGGCGCAGGGCCGAGAUAUCAACUUGGAUGUCAAGCGUGUUCAAGGAUACCGCUUCUUCUGCAAUAAGCUGUGGAACGCAACACGAUUCGCCCUAACCUACCUACAGGGGGCUGUGAUUCACCCCUUAAACGAGGCAAGUAAUCGUCAACCUGUAACCCGUUCUGCCAUCACGCCGGUUUUUCUUGCUGGUCUGAACACCCGGCUCGAACACAUUUCAUAUUUCAGCGGUUGCCAGUACUCCGUUGAAGAUGAUAAAAUCUGGCAGCAACUCCACGCUGAGUUGGGGCGAUCCAAAAUUCCAUCAAGUUAUCCCCACUUGGAUCGAUGGUAUCAACAUAUUGGCCGUUUGAGGCAGCAGGUUGAAUUGAGUUUGAUGGAUAAAUGGAUCUUGAGUUGCUUAUCCACUGCCGUUUCGGCAUGCAACGCAGGAUUCCAACAAUACGAUUUUCCCCGUGCAACCAGCGCAAUCUACAACUUUUUCCUUUAUGAACUGUGUGACGUUUACCUGGAAUCAGUCAAGCCUGUUUUCCAAGGUUCGGAUGAAUCCGCCAAGUCUGGGGCUCGCUCUGUUCUCGUUACCUGCAUCGACACUGGACUGAAGUUAAUUUCGCCGUUCAUGCCCUUCAUUUCAGAAGAGCUAUGGCAACGACUACCACGCCCUGAAGCCGUGCAAAAAAAUCUUCCUCCGAGUAUUUGCGUCGCUUCCUACCCGACGGACAGUGAAUUUCAAGUCUGGAAAAAUGAAGAAUUGGAAGAAAACGUGAAACUGGUUAAUCGUGUCAUCUCUAACGUUCGAUCUGUCCGAGCCAGCUAUAUGUUACCAAACAAGACGAAAACAAAGUUGAUUUUAAGGUGCUCGGAUCAGGAGAUGGUCGAUAUGCUUGCACCUUUCGCUGAUAAUAUUGCUACGUUAGCAUUUUGCCAACCCGUUUCCGUCUCUACAGAUGGUGGUAACACGCGCGGAUGCGCUAUUGUUACCGUUUCGGACAAGUGCGACGCCAUUGUCCACUUGGAGGGUCUCAUCGAUGUGCAAAAAGAGAAGACGCGCAUUACCGGUUUGGUGGAGAAGAAGCGCCAGCAGUUGGUUAAGCUCCAAGAAGGAAUGGUGGUACCGAACUACACAGAAAAGGUGCCCCUGUCUGUUCAGGAGACCAACAAGGAGAAAGAGGGUGAACUAGAAGCUGAGCUGCAGCAACUGGACGCUGCAUUCGCUACCCUAUCCACGAUGGAUUAAUUAAACAAUUUGGGAUUUGAAGGUACUUGUUGCAAUCGUUGUGUAUAUUUCAUCAAUAUACAUUGAUAGCAGUACAAA